AGCAUCGUCUCUCUCUCGCUCAAUUAUUUAAAUGGGGUCUCAGGGGACCCUGCUGGUCCAUCCUCAGCUUUUCCUGGGAACAAGAGAGAUGGCAUCGCCUCUACCCUCAAUCAAUGCCCUCACUCUCUCUCUCUUAUCCAUCCACCUCCUAGUCUUCCUGAGCCGCCCCUUGACCACCACCUGCAUUAAAUCGCCCCCGGAAACAGAGCAACGACCCCGGACAUUCUCAUUCUCCCCAGAGGAGGAGCAAUCUCAGGACCAGGAAUCAGACAGGGUCAUAAAUCUCCCGGGACAGCCCUCAACCCCCUCCUCAUUCUCUCACUUCUCAGGCUACAUCACAGUCAAUGAAGCCCAUGGGAGGGCCCUCUUCUACUGGUUCUUUGAGGCCCAGGCUCAACCUUCACAGAGACCUCUUGUGCUCUGGCUCAAUGGAGGUCCUGGCUGUUCAUCGAUUGGGUAUGGUGCUGCUGUGGAAUUGGGGCCCCUCAGAGUGGGCACCAAUGGGACUGACCUUGUGUACAACGAGUUCGCUUGGAAUCAAGAAGCAAAUCUGCUGUUUGUGGAGUCACCAGUUGGAGUUGGGUUCUCUUACACCAACACAUCCUCUGAUCUGUCCAUCAUAGAUGAUGCCUUUGUCGCUGAAGAUGCAUACAGCUUCAUAGCGAAUUGGCUUCAAAAGUUCCCACAGUUCAAAACCCAUGAUUUCUUCCUUGCUGGAGAGAGCUAUGCUGGUCACUACGUUCCUCAGCUAGCUGAGCUAAUCCAUGACAGAAAUGAAGACACAGCUAAAUACACACCAAUCAACCUCAAAGGCUUCAUUGUGGGGAAUCCAGAGACGAAUGACUACUAUGACAACAAGGGCCUGCUCGAGUAUGCAUGGAGCCACGCCGUCAUCUCGGACCAGCUCUACGAUAAAUGCGAGCAAGUCUGCGACUUCAAAGUCCCCGACUGGUCUAGCGAGUGCAACGAGGCCAUGGGCUCCGUGUUCCGCAGCUACCUUCAAGAGAUCGACAUCUACAACAUCUACGCCCCGAGAUGCCUCCUCAACUCCUCCUCCACAUCUUCUUCUCCGUCUCAAACAGCCGGAAGCCGCUUCUUCGAGUCGUUCACCGAGGUGAAUGGACAUGGUCUGAGGAGGACGAGAAUCCCAGGAGGGUAUGAUCCAUGUUACUCGCAGAAUGCGGAGAUGUACUUCAACAGGCAAGAUGUUCAAUCUUCUCUCCAUGUCAGAAGAACAGACAACUCCAACUUCAAAUGGAAGGUCUGCAACAAUUCCAUGUUGAAUACGUAUAACGACACGGUGUUCUCAGUACUGCCUAUCUACACCAAACUCAUCAAGGGUGGGCUCAAAAUCUGGGUGUACAGCGGCGACGCGGACGGUAGAGUGCCGGUGAUCGGGACGAGGUACUGCGUGGAAGCUCUGGGACUAUCUAUUAAAUCUCCUUGGCGUUCUUGGUACCAUGACCAUCAGGUAGGAGGGAGGAUAGUGGAAUAUGAAGGAGGAUUGGCACUAUUGACAGUGAGAGGGGCAGGUCACCUGGUGCCUCUGAACAAGCCCAGUGAAGCUCUGGCUCUCUUUCAUUCUUUCUUGACCGGUCAAGAUCUCCCCAAGCAGAGAUGAAUUAUUAUUUUUCACAUGUUUAGAAAGGAAG